AUGGCUCCGGCAAGCACUUCCAGCGGCGGCUCGAGUGGUGCGAGCAGCGGUAAUGGUGAGGCAUACCCGUCGGUACAGACUGCGAAACCCGAGCCCUCGCAGAACACGACCACCUUCCCACCGCCCAAGACGGACAAACCAAGGCCACAUGUCUGUGGGACGUGCAGCCGGUCGUUCGCCCGGCUGGAGCACCUCAAGCGACACGAGCGAUCCCACACAAAGGAGAAGCCGUUCGAGUGUCCGCAAUGCACGCGAUGCUUCGCGCGGCGGGACCUGCUGCUGCGGCACCAACAGAAGCUGCACCAGCAGGGCGCGACUUCCUCGCGGCCGCGCACCGGCCGCCGGGAAAGCACGACCGGCCUGCCGCCCAACAGCGCAAACCGGGUGCGCAAGAACUCGGUGGCGAGCAGCAGCGCGGGCGGGCCGGGAGCUGCUGGCACGGCUGCGAUGCGGCCGCGAGCCAACACCAUCAGCCACAUCGACCCCAGCGCGCUCAACAGCCUGCUGGCCUCGCACAAUGCCUCGUUAAGGGGCAAUGGCGGCCACCCGGGCCACUCCCACCACGCGAGUCUGUCGGGCUUCGCUGGCCCCGGCGCAUUCGACUAUCGCGGCAUGUCGACUUCGGUCGGCAGCCACGGGCAGCAUCAUGGGCUGCCGAAGCUGGACACCCACCUCGGCUACGGUCUGGGCGGCGGACUGCGCACCGCUCCCAUCCAAGGAUUUGGACCCGACGACCUCGAACUGGAGAAGUUCUUUGGCUCGUCCGGCUCGACAAUCAACCCAAACCAGCUCCAUCACUUCACCGGAAAUGCGCAGUCACCGUUCCACGCUUUUGGAAACCCGUUCGCAGGCGCCAAUGCCAUCGAUGAGGAUGAGUAUGCGUGGAGCGCGGGCCUAGAUGGCGCCAUGAUGUUUUCCGGACACAACGACACAGCCGUCGACGGAUCGUCCCCUUCGGCAAUCAGCACAACUAGCCAGAGCGGCUUCAGCGAAGUCAUGGUGGACGGCUCGGGCCAGCCUACCUCCGCAGCAAUGUGGCACAAUCCACUGGUCACCCACUCAAACGUUAACCCCGCGUCGUAUUCUCUGGAUGCCAUGGCCCCCGUCUUCCCGGAGCUCAUGAUGAAUACCAUGUCGCCCAAGGAGUUAGCAGAACAAGGUGCGCCGGCUGAUUUCUACAUUUCCUCGCCCCCACCUAUCUCCUCCAUGAGCCCUACCGCGGGUAUCCCGGGUAUGCCGAAUCAGUACUUCCAACCACCAAUGGCUUUCAAUUCUGAUACGGGCAGCAUAUCAUCGUCCUCAGUAAAUGGCAGCGCUAGGCAUAGCUCGGUGACGUCCAUCUCUACAGAAACCAUCACAGAUGCCACAAGGCAGGCCUUGAUCUUCAACCUGUCGCAAGCUCUCGGCUUUGGCAAUCCCCAGCGGAAGUUCUCUCAACCAUCCAUCAGUUCACCCUUGUCUGCUUCAACUUCUGGCAAGCCGCAGAGCCAGGUUGCGUCGCUCCCCAGCACCAUGGAUCUCCAGCGAUACGUCAACGCCUACAUCCAGUACUUCCAUCCUCAUCUACCAUUUCUCCAUAUUCCUACUCUUUCUUUUGACACGCCGGCAUAUACCUACCAUCUUCGCGCCGCCGGCAGUUUCAACCACGACGGCAUGGUCGGCGGUGGCGGAUGCUUGAUAUUGGCUAUGGCGGCUAUAGGCGCCUUGUAUGAGUUCGAGCACAAUGUCGCCAAAGAACUUUUUGAUGCCGCUAAGAAGAUGAUCCUCUAUUACCUGGACGAGCGGCGUAGAGCUGGGCUAUCGGCAGCAGUCAACGGACCUAGCUCCACGAGCGAUUCCAUCAACAAGCCUCCGCUUUGGUUGGUUCAGGCUAUGCUGCUGAACCUCAUAUUUGGUCACAAUUGCGGCGAUCGGCAGGCCGCUGAGGUGGCAACGAAAGCUGCCGGUCUAGAUCGACCAGCUGUCGACAUCGUCGCCGGACACCACUCGCCCGCCGGUACUAGUGGCGGUGAUGUGGACAUGACCGAUGACUCAGUGCCUCCCGAAAUCGCUCAAAGGAAUUCGCCAGACACCACAGACCAGCACGCCCAGUGGAUUCAAUGGAAGCAGAUCGAGGAACGCAAACGAACGUACUUCGCCGUCUUUUCGAUGUCAAGCCUGCUCGUCUCGGCUUACGCGCAUGCACCGCGCAUCCUCAACUCGGAGAUCCGCCUUGAUCUGCCAUGCGAAGAAGAUCUUUGGUCCGUGGACAACCCUCAAGCGUGGGUGGCCAUGGGUGGUCCAAUGAUAGCGCAAACCAAAGGAUUGUCCUUCAAUGCCGCAAUGACGUACCUCCUCGAAGCCAGUACACGGCAGCAAUCGGAGCGUGUGCAGAGUGCGUAUCAGCAAACUUUUGGCGCCGAUAUGGCUAUGAACAAUGUACCCGAAAGCGACAUUCGCCCUAGUACGUUUGGGUGCUACGUGUUGAUCAACGCACUUCACGUCUACAUCUGGGAGACGAGACAAAGGCAUACUGGACGCCUCUGGAAGACGCACGAAACCGAAGCUAUGCAUGCACAGGUGGAGCCGGCGUUGAAGGCCUGGCAAGCUGCUUGGAGGGCAAAUCCUAACCACAGCAUCGAGCGACCGAGUCCCUUUGGUCCUCUAUCGGCCGACUGUAUACCUUUGUUGGACUUGGCGUACGUCAGGCUCUUUGUCAACCUCAGUCGUUCCAAGGAGCUACUAUGGCAACGAGAUUUUGACGGCAUGGCUACUGAGCUUGCCAGAGGCGUCGAUAUUGUCGCACAUGCCGACGGUACGCCUGAUCGAUCCUCCGAAUCCAUGGAUGCAAAGCCCUCGCCUGGCGCGGUCAUUUCUCCCCAAGACAUUGACGCUAUUGGAGAGCUUAGCCCAGGACAUUCUGGCGCGGGUCUGCAGCCCAGUCAAUCCUCCAAACGCGAGCGACACCUUCGCAAGGCGGCGUUUUAUGCCGCGGACUCGCUCUCGAUGGCUGACAAGCUUGGCUCGACGUAUGCCGAGUUCACCGCAAGAGAGCUUCCAAACUCAUCUGCCAUGUGCACAUUCGACUGCGCCCAGAUCCUGGCGGAAUGGGUUGCGACUGUUCAAGAUCGCGUUGGACGAUUCUUGGGAGUCCUUGGUAAGGACGAGAUUGACUACACCACGGUGCCGGCGAUUAUGCUCCUCGAAGAGGAGGAUAUUAAAUUACUUCAGAAGAUUGCGGACAUCCUUCACACCGCCGACAUGAAGCUUGCGUUCGAUAUUACCUCAAACAACAUACCGAUGCUAGGUGGCUUGUCGAAUCUCGGCCAUUGCGGAUAUGGCACGAAGCUUCUCAUGGUCACAGCAUACAUGCUUGGAAAAUCUGCUGUGUGGCCAGUAACGCAUGUGAUGGCGCGCGCCCUGGAAGCCCACGCCAAUCACAUCAAUCAACGCGCCGAAGCCUCCGUGACGACCUCGUAA